AUGAGUCUUCCAAACGAAUCUAAUGGCUUUGGUGAGAAAGCUGGUGAGCUUCCACCGCCAAAACGAGGCUCCUUCAGCGACCAUGCACGCGGUCGCCAACUCAGCGUCGACCCGGAGGACCAUGCCAUGGUCACCGCCGACCAGAAUGCGCUUCACAAACGGUUGAAGGGUAGACACAUGCAGAUGAUUGCCAUUGGUGGUGCAAUUGGCGCCGGUCUCUUCGUGAAUUCUGGCAGCGCUUUCCAAACUGGUGGCCCCGCCUCUGUGCUCCUCGGUUUCAUGAUUGUUGGUGUCCAGGUCUACUUCAUGAUGCAGGCCCUUGCAGAACUUUCCGUCAUGUACCCUGUCAAUGGCGCUUUCACCAUGUACAUUUGUCGCUUCGUUGACCCUUCCUGGGGUUUCGCUUGCGCCUGGGAGUACGCCAUUAGUUGGCUUACUGUCCUCCCCUUCGAAAUUUCGGCUGCCUGCAAUAUUAUCCACUACUGGUCUGGUUCAGAGGGCAUCAAUAACAGCGCUUGGAUUGUCCCGCUUCUCGUCGCUUUGGUUGCUAUCCAGUUCUUUGGCGUCAAGGGCUAUGGCGAGGUCGAAUUUGUCCUUAGUUUGAUGAAAGUCAUCGCUUGUAUCGGGUUCAUGAUCCUUGGCAUAAUCAUCAAUUGUGGUGGUGUUCCAACUGACGAUAGAGGUUACAUUGGUGCAAGAUACUGGCAUACUCCGUACGAGGCAUUCCUCAACGGCUUCCACGGCUUCUGCAGUGUUUUUGUCACUGCGGCAUUCGCCUACACUGGCACAGAACUUACGGGACUGGCUGCUGCAGAAACGGUCAAUCCAAGAAAGGAGAUUCCCAGGGCUUCCAAACAGGUCGUCUGGCGUAUCGCCAUCUUCUACAUCGUCAACCUCUUCCUCGUCGGUUUGAUUGUCCCGGAGAACAGUGAACUGUAUUCUGCUGAAGGCUCUUCAUCGCGCCGUUCGCCAUUCGUCAUUGCCAUCAAGCUUGCCGGUAUCAAGGUGCUCCCAGGCAUUUUCAACGCUGUCAUCUUGAUUGCUGUCAUGAGCGUCGCAAACUCCUGUACCUUUGGCUCGACUCGAACAAUUCAGGCUCUCGCUGCAAAUGGCAUGGCUCCGAAAAUCAUGGCCUAUGUCGACAAGAAAGGCAGACCGCUUACAGUGGUCAUUAUCCAGCUUCUCUUUGGUUGUCUAGCGUUCAUUAACCUGGCGCCUAAUGGUGGUGUUAUCUUCAACUGGCUCCUGUCACUGUCAGGCCUUGCCAUUCUUUUCGUCUAUGGCAGUAUUGGGUUGGCGCAUAUUCGAUUCCGCACUGCCUGGAAGCACAACGGUCAUUCCUUGGAUGAGAUUCCCUACAAAGCCAAAUUCGGCAUCUGGGGCUCGUACAUCAACAUAUUUAUCUCCAUUAUUGCCCUGAUGGCUCAAUUCUACGUUGCCCUGUAUCCCAUCGGCGGCCCGAAUCUAAAUGCCAACUUGUUCUUCCAACUCUACCUCGCCGGCCCACUGAUCAUUUUCUUAUACCUGCUGUGGAAGACCUACAGUUGGUUCGCCCGUCCAGAAGACCGGCCAUUCUUUGUCUCUAUCAAGGACAUCGAUAUCUACACCGGCAUGAGAGAGGGCCAGCGAGCCAGCAUCAGCGGCGCGGGUGUCUCUGAGGAACAGAGACGCGCCAGCAUCCUCGAGAUACAAGAAGAAAACAAAAAGAAGGGUGUCAAGGGUCAUGCCAUGGCCGCUCUCCGAAGCAUCUUCUAA